AUGGAGUCGUCGCAGGCUGAAUGCCUGCCGGAGAUUAAGGAACUAGAGCUCGGGGAGACGAUUGGGCAGGGCACGUUCGCGUUCGUCAAAACCGCCUCGCUGCGCGCAGACCCGCAGACGAUAGUGGCUGUGAAGUUCGUGCACGUCGAGCGCUGCAAAGCGCGAGGGAUGACGGACGAGGAUCUGACGCGCGAGGUGGUGCUGCAGACGCGGUGCGCGGGGCACCGACAUGUGGUGAGGGUGCUGGACUGCAAUGUGUCACGUGAGUACCUAUGGAUCGCGAUGGAGCUGGCGGACGGGGGCGACCUGUUCGACAAGAUCGAGCCGGACGUGGGGGUGGACUCGGAGGUGGCGCGGUUCUACUACCAGCAGCUGGUGCGGGCGCUGACACACCUGCACGAGGCGUGCGGCGUGGCGCACCGGGACAUCAAGCCGGAAAACAUGCUGCUGGACCGGGCGGGGAACCUGAAGGUGGCGGACUUCGGGCUGGCGACGCGGUUCCGGCGGCGCGACGGGACGCGGCGGCUGGCGCGCGACCGGCGGGGGACGCUGCCGUACCUGGCGCCGGAGGUGGUGGGCGAGCGGGCGUACCACGCGGACACGGCGGACAUCUGGUCUGCGGGAGUGCUUGUGUUUGUGCUGCUGACUGGGGAGACGCCGUGGAGCGAGCCCAGCGUGGAUGACGGCAUGUUCCGGGCGUUUGUGGCGGACGGGGGGAACUUGAGCGACGGGCCGUGGGGCAAGAUCGGGCUGGUGGAGCUGAAUCUGCUGCGCAAGAUGCUGCAGCAGCGGCCGGCGGCGCGCGCGACGCUGGCGCAGCUGCGACAGCACCCAUGGUUCAAGGCGCCGGUGGUGUUUGCGGACCCAGACGGGAUGUGUGCGGACCCGGCGCAGCUAGCGCGGCGCCUGCUGUUCAAGCUGCGGGUGCCGCUGUCGGAUGCCGCGUACGUGCAGUUCACACAGGACGCGCCUUGCUCCGGCCCGGCGCUAACCGCGACGCAGCCUGUGGAGAAUGAGCUGGCUCAUUUGGAACACGACUCGUACAAUUCCAAAACGCCCAUCUUCUCGCAGUGCAAUCUUGACCGCGCCACGGCCGACGAGCUGCAGAAGCGGCCGGCCACGCAGUCCGUGCGCUUCGACAGGGAGGUCGCGGUGAUGCAGUUCCGCGACGAGGUUGAUCCGACGCUCUCGUUCGACUUCAAUCCAGCAAAGUUCACGAAGUUCUUCACGGCAGAUGAUAUGGCGUCAGUGCUGCCACAGCUGGAAUUCGCGCUCCGCGAGUCCUCGAUUCCAGUCCGGGCCGGUAUGUAUGACAGCUUCUGCGAGCUGGAGCGCAUCAUGGGGGCCGAUAAAGUCUUCCCCGUCAGCAUCGACAUCAAGGCGCGCGAUCGGAAGGGCUGGUUGCUUUCUGGUAUUGUAUGCAUCCGGGAGGUGGCUGAUGGGCUCAAGGUUGUGUGCUUUGAGAGAAAAGCAGGAGAUCCCCUCGAGUGGCGGCGCCUCUUCAAGCGCAUAGCUCUCUUCUGUAGACACUUGAUAUACAUAGCAUAA